AGAACCAUGGCGUCUGGUAGUACUGCCGCCAGUGAGGAGGAGCGCAGUCUCCGGGAAUGCGAACUCUACGUCCAGAAGCACAACAUCCAGGCCCUGCUUAAGGAUUCUAUUGUGCAGUUGUGCACUGCCCGACCUGAGAGACCCAUGGCAUUCCUGAGGGAGUACUUCGAGAGGUUGGAGAAGGAGGAGGCAAAGCAGAUUCAGAAUCUGCAGAAAGCAGGUACCCGUACAGACUCCAGAGAGGAUGAAAUCUCUCCUCCCCCUCCCAACCCAGUGGUGAAGGGUCGCCGGCGACGUGGUGCUAUCAGUGCGGAAGUCUACACGGAGGAAGAUGCUGCGUCGUAUGUUAGAAAGGUUAUACCAAAAGAUUAUAAGACAAUGGCUGCUUUAGCCAAAGCCAUUGAAAAAAAUGUGCUGUUUUCACACCUUGAUGAUAACGAAAGAAGUGAUAUUUUUGAUGCCAUGUUUCCAGUCUCCUUUAUUGCCGGAGAGACAGUUAUUCAGCAAGGUGACGAAGGGGAUAACUUCUAUGUGAUUGAUCAAGGAGAAAUGGAUGUAUACGUGAACAGCGAGUGGGCAACCAGUGUUGGGGAAGGAGGGAGCUUUGGAGAGCUGGCGCUGAUCUAUGGGACACCUAGAGCAGCCACCGUCAAAGCGAAGACCAACGUGAAGCUGUGGGGCAUCGACCGAGACAGCUACAGGAGGAUCCUGAUGGGAAGCACGCUGAGAAAGCGAAAAAUGUAUGAAGAGUUCCUUAGUAAAGUAUCCAUUUUAGAGUCUCUGGACAAGUGGGAACGCCUGACAGUAGCUGAUGCCUUGGAACCGGUCCAGUUUGAAGAUGGGCAGAAGAUUGUGGUGCAGGGAGAACCGGGGGAUGAGUUCUUCAUUAUAUUGGAGGGCACAGCUGCUGUGCUACAACGUCGGUCAGAAAAUGAAGAGUUUGUCGAAGUGGGAAGAUUGGGACCUUCUGAUUAUUUUGGUGAAAUUGCUCUGCUGAUGAAUCGUCCUCGCGCGGCCACGGUGGUUUCGCGCGGGCCCUUGAAGUGCGUUAAGCUGGACCGACCUCGUUUUGAACGCGUCCUUGGCCCGUGCUCAGAUAUCCUCAAACGAAACAUCCAACAGUACAACAGUUUCGUGUCGCUGUCUGUCUGAAACGUGCCUCCUGUGCCUCCCUCUUCUCCCCUAGUCCAUGCUUCACUCUGCAGCUGCUUUCUCUUCCCUACUUGCAGCGCCCAGUGGCCACUGGCAUUGCAGCUUCUGUCUCUUUAUAUUACUUAAAGUUGCUUUUAUCGCUCCGUUUAUAAUUUGGAGCAUUAACUAAAUGCUCGUACAAAUAAAUAUAAGAGUUCUGUGGACUUCGCUGGUACUGCUUUUCUCUGUGCAGUGUUAGUGUUCAGCUGGGCGGUGAGUGCCAUGCUUUUUGGUGAGGGCGGUUCCCAGCACCAGUGAGUUACCGUAGAGUCAUGAUAAAACAGUGCAAGAUGUUUUGUGAUACAAUUUCCGGUUAUAAGCAUAUUUAGACUGUGGCCAUAUAUGCUGUACUUCUAUAUAGAAUAAAUUUCUCAUUAAGCUCCAAGGGUUAGGAAAAAUGGAUAUAGAAAAUCUUAGUGUAGUAGGAAGACAUAUGCUUGUAAUUAAACUAGUUUAAGGGUGGAAAAUGCCCAUUUUUGCUAAUUAAUCAGAUGGAUAUGAGUGUUUCAGCCCCCUCAACCUGAAUUUUCAUUUGCCACGGUAUUUUUGCCUGAUUUGUUCGUCUUGUUAUUCAUGUUUUCUCUCUAAUUCUGAAACGUUUUUAUGUGUGGCUGUCUCUAUCUGCCUUGGACGUGUGAAUCCAAAUCAUAGACUGCAAAUACUGGGUUAUGGUUUAACUACAUCUUCAGCCCCACAGUCUCUGAUUAAACCUGUAUCCAGCUAGUGCCAAAUACUGAUGAUGAGAUGCUGAAUUGAGAAAAAGAAUUGGAGCUCUACAUUCUGGGAUGUUACUUUAGAGCUUUUGGUAACGUAUGUCCUUCAGUUAACUCCAGUGUAAUCUCCUGUGCUGAGUAAACGCAUUCCAGGAGAGUGGAUUUGCUGAGUGGAUACAGGUGGAACAAACAGUCACGCGGAGAAAUAGAGCUUACGUUGCUAAAGGGAGGAACUGGGUAGAUAAAGUUAGUUUUGGCAAAUUUUCCCCCACUAAGUUCAUUGGGGGGUGAGAUUUGGGAAGGAGUUUUUGUGCUUAGGAUUAACCUUUUUCCCCUCCUCUUUUAUGUCAAGUAGAAUUUUUGGUGGGGUAGAGGUGGGUCGGAUGUGUUUGUGUGUGGUCUAAAAGGCCAUCGUGCUGAGAGUCCGGCUUUCAUGUCUAGUCUGUGUUUCUCUGGCGAUUUUUCUUUUUUUAAGUAAACUUGUGUUUUAAGUCUUAACUGUAUUUCAGUAUUUUCCAGCCUUAUGUGUUACAUUAUUCCAAUGAUACCAACAAUUUAUUUUUAUUAUUGUUAUUUUAUAAACAAAAUUUCACAGUUCCAUAAUGUAGGCACUUUUAUUUUCUUUGUGAUUUAUAUAUAUAUUAUAUAUAUAUAAUGUAGGGUUCUAUUUGGGAGUGACUGCAAGUAUUUUCCACCUGUGUGCAACUGGUUCUGAUUAAUAAUCCCCCCUCUUAUCCUUUCCCAGGCAAUUUAAAUGGGCCAGGGUAGAUUUUUUUCAUAGGUUUGAAAAGUUUGUAGAUUGUUUACUAACUUGGAAUAGAAACCUGACACAUUGUAUUUACAUUUUAGUGUGGGCUAGAAAGCCACCUUGUUAAAUUUUUUUAAUUUUCAAAAUCUAUAUUAAAUGAGGCUUUCAUGAACUGUACUUAUCUUUGUGUUUGGCUACCUUUUUUAUAUUUAAAACAAAAAUAAAAAUUAUGUUCAUAUCA